ACUAUUCUCGUGUACCAUCUCAGCUCAUGAUCUAUUGAUCCAUAGUACUGAAACUGUACAUCAUUUACAGCCUCUCCCUGGUGUUCUGUUUUUGUUUCCUCAGCUGUUCACAAGGUUCAUUAACCUGAUUAGUGAAGCAAACACACAUAUAACUACCAUAUAUCAUAUAGAUCAAGAGUGAUUAUGGGUGAAUCUUCAGCUUCAUACAUACAUAUGGUACAACAUAUGAUAGAGAAGUGUUUGAUCUUUCACAUGUCAAAAGAAGAGUGCAUGGAAGCCCUAAAAAAGCAUGCAAAUAUUGAACCUGUCAUAACUUCCACUGUGUGGAAAGAGCUGGAGAAGGAAAACAAGGAUUUCUUUGAGGCUUAUUCUCAGUCUCAGAACAAAGGGGAUCGAAUGUCGGAAUCAGAAACAGAUGAGAUGAUUCAGAAGAUGAUAUCUGAUCAUCAAUCUAAACGUUCAAACGAUGAUCAGUCCAAAGAUUCCAAGGACUGAAUGCAUAAACAUGUGUGCGAAUACGCAGGUAGGUGAGAGAAAGAUCUGCUGCUGUUGCAUAAAUAAACUUUGUUUCUUUGGAUCAAGAAUUCAAAAUAUAACAAAUCUUUCACAAGGGGAACCUUGUGGUCCUUAAAAUGAAUAUACCAAUGGGGUACUAAAACUAUGCCCAGUAUUUACAUGGUUCCAAAUGCAGAAUAUUUCAUUAGAUUGAUAAAUGAAGCUGUUACCAAUAAUUGUGCGCCAUGUCAGAAAUAAAGAAUGACACAAUUAGAAAGUUUGUAGACAGUUGGAAUCUUUACUCAUGUACUGGAGUACUGUAAUAAAUUUUAAUGCUGGCUAAAUUCGUUUUCAUUUUAAUAUAUCUUAUGAAUUAUGAUACC